AUGGCAAAGUUGAUCGAACGGGGUGGUCCUGUCCUGGGACCCCGGGGGUCCCAGAUUCAACCUGAUCCAAAUUGGACUCCAAAUGAUCUGGAAUCUCGCUACGUGAACGAGUCCGGACUCUAUGAGCUGAUUCUGAAAUCCAAUCUGCCAUCGGCAACCGCGUUUCAGGACUGGGUCGUGGACGAGGUACUUCCAUCCAUCCGCAAAAGCGGACAGUAUUCUCAUGCUGCAGACCAUCUCAGAACUUUAACGGUGGAAGUCGAGCGACAGUAUAUCUACCUGGCUAUGGUCCAAGAAGAGCCUCUCCGGAUUGCCAAAUAUGGUCGAACCAUCCGGAAAACGACGGAGAGAUAUGCGGAGAAUCGAAGAAAGUACACCAAGCCCUUCUUCUUCCACCCCGUGAUCGAAAUGGAGGUCGAUGAUGCUGUCAAAGCAGAGAAAUUCUUUUCAAAGCUACCAGAGAUCGUAGACAACAAACAUUCGAUCAAAACAACUCUAGGCAUGGACAAUGAAACGUUCAUUGUGCCCCCAACCCUCACCAUACAAAAGCUCCAUUUCUUGAUGAGAAAAGCUGCAGCGUUGUCAGUCUCAAAGGACCUCUUGAUGGGGCACGUUACAGGCGAAGACAAAGAAGUAACACUCGCAAAACUGACCCUUGAAACCCGCCGACUAGAAACCGACCAUGACUAUCGGAUGGAGGUACUGAAACGCGGUGAGGACGCUGUUGUGACCAUUGCCGUGCCGGCGAAGAAGCGCAAGGUAACUGUCACAGAGAGGGAUAACUCACAGGAGACGGUGGAAGAAACGAGCAUGGAGGACAUGGGUGGAGAGUUGGUAGAAGAGUCAACAAUGGAGUAUGUAGAGGGGGAGGAUGCCACCAAUUUCGACAAGAAGGUGCAGGACUUCAUCCGGAGCAUGUGCGAAUUCGGUAUCGAUGACCGUUCUGCCCGCACAGUGGACCGAUUCCGGACGGACAAGGUGUACCUCCACCAGGAGUUCGUCAAACUGCAUGGGAAGACAUCCCCGGGAAAGUUCUACGCCGCCUGCCAGCAGCUGAAAGGAGUCGAGCCCGUCACAGUGUGCGUGGAGGAUAGACACAUCAAGGCUUUCUCCAGUAUCCGUCUCAAAAAGCGGUCUCCACUGCUGUCUGGAGAGAUCUUGAUGAAUCGGUACCUGGAGGAGAAGUGCAAUGCGGGUGAUGACUCGUACUGCAUUGGGAAGCUGGAGUUCUAUCAGAACUUCACACAAUAUGCGAAACAAUUUGUGAAGGAGGAUGCUAUGACCUACAAACAUGGCUUCAGCGCAAAUGCCUUCAACAAGUUUCUGACUUCUAAGGGGAUUUCAGUGUCCAGAACUACAUGGAGAGGGGCUUGGGGCAAGAUCUGUGUCGGGGUUCGCCCGUAUGUUGGCUACCCGACCGUGGAAGAGAUCAUCUCGGUGUUCCUGGAGAAACGUUCUGAGGAUAGGGAGGGAGCGAACGUAGGGCGCCCGGAGCUACUAUCGGCGUUGACAACGUUCGUUAGACACCACUACGUCAUUGCUCCAGUUGUGCCAAAGGACGCACCCACUAUGCUAUUCGACGCCACGAGUGGCCCCAGAACCGUCAGAUUACUCGCAAAAGAAGCCGAUCCUGCUGCUAUCGUCAGGCCGUUUGAUCCCGUCAGUGUACCAGCAAAUGUCGACGGUCCCGAGGUGACCGAGAUGCCGUUCGACGCAACCAGAGCACCCGCAAAUGUCGAAGAUCCCGAUGUUACUGAGAGUCCAUUUGACGACGUUAUGCCUCCAGCGGUGACAAUAGGACCUGCAACUGCAAGGUUGCUCGCAAAUGUUGCUGUGCCGGCUGCUAUCGUCAGGCCGUUCGAUCCCGUCAGUGUACCUGCAAACGUGGAAGAUCCUGAGGUGACCGAGAUGCCGUUUGAAGAUGUGAUGCCUCCAGCACAAGAAAACGGUCCCGUAACGAGGAGCUUUCCUGUAUCCGGGGCGAGCGACAUCAAGCAUGUCUCACUCGAAUUCUCCCAAAUUACCGAAUUCGACGUGCUGUUUGGGACCCUCGUUCUCAAUGCGGGUGCAUUUCUCCCGUCCAAUGACGCGCAGGAGAUGCCAUUUGCGGCGGACUUAUUGGACCCCGAUGACGCGUAA